AUGUACCAAGGUUUAGCCAUGGCAGCCAACCAUGGCCCACCAGCAUACGAGGGGGCCAGCAGUUUUAUGCAUGGCACAGCAGCUGCGUCGCCAGUCUACAUCCCUACAACAAGGGUCACCACCAUGAUCCCCAGCCUGCCAUACCUCCAGGGAAGUGGGUCAUCCCAGCAAGGCAGUCCUGUCUCCAACCACUCCAUCUGGACUCCACCUGGGGCCGAGAGCGUUGCGUACAACCCGGGAGCCGCUCACCCAUCGGUGUCCCCCAGGUUCUCCUUCGCCACUGGCAGCCCCAUCCCGGCCACCACCACCAGGGAGGCGGCAGCCUACAGUAGUUCACUCAGUAUCUCGGCCAACAGCAGGGAACAGUAUGCCAGGAGUUUCAGCGGGUCCUAUUCCAGCCCCUAUCCUGCCACUUACAUGAGCCCAGAGCUGGGCACAACCUGGACUGCCUCCCCCUUUGACAAUGCCGUGCUGCACAACUUCCAGAACAGGGGCACACCAGGAGCUCCAAGACACACCAACUUAGUUCCCACGAAGUUUUUUGAAGAUUAUUCUGAAGGUCGUGAAUGCGUCAACUGUGGGGCCAUGUCGACCCCGCUGUGGAGGAGAGACGGCACUGGCCACUAUCUGUGCAGUACCUGUGGGCUCUACCACGAAAUGAAUGGCAUUAACCGACCACUAAUCAAGCCCCAGAGAAGGCUGUCGGCUUCCCGUAGGGUUGGGCUCGCGUGUGCCAACUGCCAUACAAAUACGACCACACUGUGGCGCCGGAAUGCUGAAGGCGAGCCAGUCUGCAAUGCCUGUGGCUUGUACAUGAAGCUUCAUGGGGUCCCAAGGCCCUUAGCGAUGAGAAAAGAGGGGAUCCAAACCAGGAAGCGUAAGCCAAAAAAUGUAAACAAAUCCAAGACAUCAGCAGGGCCAGCCAGUAAUGGAAGCCUUACCUCAGCCAUUAGUUCUGCCCCCUGCACCAGCACCACAACCACCACGGCUGCUGAAGAAAUGCGCCCCAUCAAGACAGAACCAGGGAUUUCAUCUCAUUAUGGGCACCUGAGCCCACUUUCCCAGCCAUUCUCAGGCACUACAAUGCCUGGGCACGGAUCUGCUCUGCAUCAUGCCAUCCCGGCCCUAAAACUUUCUCCCCAGGGCUACCAGCCAGGUAUCAGCCAGUCUCCCCAGCCUAGCUCCAAGCAAGACUCCUGGAAUACCCUGGUUUUAGGUGAAAGCCAUGGAGAUAUCCUAACAUCAUAA